AUGUCCGGAUGCUGCUCUGGUAGCAACAGCAGCUGCUGCGGCGGCGGCAACAGCUACACCGUGUGCUGCUACGGCAGCAAGUCGUCCUGCAAGACGCCGUGCUGCACGCCCUCGCAGUACUGCUGCCCGCAGACCUGCUGCCCGCAGACCUGCUGCGUGCCCGUGCAGAGCUGCUGCGUCAGCAGCUGCUGCUGAUGCUGCCCGCAGACCUGCUGCGUGCCCGUGCAGAGCUGCUGCGUGCCCAUCCAGACCUGCUGCUACACCGUGAGCAGCAACAACAACAGCAGCUGCUGCGGCGGA